UAUGUCAGUCCGGCGGCGGCCAUGUCACGUGUCCAAACAAACGCGGUAGUGUUUAGUCAAGUUCGACAACAUUUGUCUAGCGCCGAAAUAAUUUGUUAAACACUAACUCUAUUUACUCAUAUUGUAUCCAUAUAACUUUGCAGACAUCUCACUCUAAUAGGGUCACUUAUUCAACGUCGUCUUUGGGGUUAAUGGCGUCCUAUGUGUGGCUAUCGAUAGCAGUCAACCUAACGUUGUGUGUCUCAGCUCUUUUCUCCUCGUAUAAACUCUUUAAGGACCACCGAGCUCCCUCAGUAGGACUCUUCCUAGUUGGACUCUCUCCAGGACUUUGUGUGUUUUCUUCCACACCCAUUCAGAAAGAUGCAGAAUGGGUCGGGGAGAUUCUGGCACCAUCCCUGCUUGCCUUCCACCUCAUGUGGCUCAGCGAGGACCACAGCACAGCAUGCAUGCUCCUGAUUGGCUCCUGUCUGCUGCUGGGACUGCGGGACAGUCUCUCAGCAGACACGUUGGUAGUACUGAGUCGCUGCCUGGGCCUAGCAAGCUUGUCCUGCAGCCUCAUGGUGUGUCUGUUCGCUGGCAACCCCACCGGGGCCCUGACCAGCGUGGCUCUCAGCCUGCCCGUGCUUUUGGUUCCUACUUUUGGGAGAGACUCCUUUGGAACCCUCGUCUCCCCAACGGCUGAUGAGGUAGUGAUUAGGCUGCUGUUGAAAGGGUCCAUGUCUGUAGGUUGUUGGGGAUCCACACAUUCCCUGCACAGGUUUCUGUUGGACAUGACUGACCGAUAUCAUUUACACAUCUAAAACAGUCAUGACAUUAUAAUCUCCUAAAAAGUAAAAGUUUAUAUUUUGUUGUUACUUUACCCAAAAAGUUAUUAAAUUACUAACACAAUUACUAUUAAUUACAUGCAAUGAAUUACUAGGUAAAGUAAUACAUGUGUUACUUAAAAAAAACAUUCAAAUAUCUGGCAUAUGCAGUUCAGAGACGUUUCAUGAGAGCAGAGUGUGUGUGAGGACGUAUUGCCCAGUGACGUCACUGAGAUGCACACUCUGAGCAUGAUUUUAGCUCAGCUGUGUUGUUAACUCCAAACAUAUCGCUGGGUAUUGUCACCAAACAGCUACAUUUUUGUUUCAUCUGACCACAGGUCUUAUCUUUGUCCAUGUGAUGUCAGAUGAAACAAAAAUGUAACUGCCUGGCUACAAAACCCAGCACAAUGUUUGGAGGAGAAAAGGUGAGGAACACCACAUCUAACGUCAAGCAUGGUGGUGGUAGUAUUAUGCUCUGGGCCUGUUUUGCUGCCAAUUGAACUGGUGUUUUACAGAGAGUAAAUGGAACAAUGAAAAGGGAGGAUUACCUCCCACCUAAAAUCAUCAGACCGGGUCAUGGCCACAGUUGGGUGUUUCAACAGGACAAUGACCCUGAACACAUGUCAAAAGUGGUAAAGGAAUGGCUAAAUUAGGCCAGAAUUAAGGUUUCAGAAUUGCAUUCUCAAAGUCCUGACUUAAACAUGUGGACAAUGCCAAAGAAACAAGUCCAUCUCAGAAAAACAACACAUUUAGCUGAACUGCACCAAUUAUGUCAAGAUUAGUGGUCAAACAUUCAACUAGAAGUUUGCCAAAAGCUUGUAGAUGGCUACCAAAAGCACGUUAUUGCAGGGAAACUUGCCAAGGGACAUGUAACCAAAUAUUAACAUUGCUGUAUGUAUACUUUUGACCCAGCAGAUUUGGUCACAUUUUCAGAAGACCCAUAAUAAAUUCAUGAAUGUUUUCUGUGACAAACAAAUAUGUCCUCCAAUCACAAAAAAAUAAAGCGUUGUAGAAAUGAUUGGAAACUCAAGAAACAUCUGGUAUCCGUUAUGGGAAGGGGGGCUACUGUCAGGUUCGUCCCUGACAGUUUGGUUAGGGAUUUAGUGUUUCCUCUGUGUCUUUGUUUCCUGUCAGCACUUUAAUUUUGGUUAUUUCCUGUUUUUUCUCCCUGAACGCUGGUUCCCCUCGGAUGCGGCUGAUUUGCACCUGGCCACAUCUUUUGUCAAUCAGCCGGCUGCUAUUUGAACCUGUUUUCUCCUCCAGUCAGUGCUGGAUUAUUGUCGCUCCUGUCGUGUCGAUGUCACCACUACCUGUCUUGUCGCUUGUAGCUUUGUCUACUUCUGUUCACUCUGCUCAUGCCAUAGUUCCGUCGUGUCACAGUGUUUUUGUUUCAUAGCCAAGUUUUUUAUUCGCCUUGUGCGCGCCUUUUGUUAGUACCCUUUUGUUUGUUCUUGUUUUAGUAUUUAAAUUAAAUCAUGUUUACCUGCAAAAUGCCUGCCUCCUUCUCUGCAUCUUGGGUUUCGUCACAAACGAACUCUGACACUGUCACACCUUUUUGGUCUUUAGUAUUAAAAUAGUACCUAAACAAUUGGUUCUGUGGAGCAUUUAACUCAAAGCACUAGUAUUGCAAAUCAACAUCUCUCAUUGAAAUCAAUGUAAAUAUUGGUGCUUGCACCCCACCACCCCCCUGGAAAAAAAGUUAAAAAAAAAAAAAAAAACAGGGCAAUGUUAACUUGUAACAUCCAUUCUCUACCGCCCAUCCCCUCCGGGUCCGCAAGGGGUGCUGGAGCCCAUCUCAGCUGCCUUUAAAAAAAAUAGAUCAAACGUUUUGAGAAGCAAUUGUGUAUAAAACAAUACAAUAUAAUGUAUUGCAAUGUACUACAAACAAUUACAGUAGUUCUAUGAAGUAAUGUAAAAAUAAUGUAUAGCAUUGGAAAGUGUACAAUGUAAAAAAAAAAUGACUGUAAAAACCACAGCAACAAUUGUUAAAUAGCAACAAUAAAACACUGUAAAAUCAAAAUAGUUUGUCACAGUAGUAAAUGCAACGGAUUCCUGCAAACCAAGAAACAGUAGAUAACCUCAAUUACUGUGGAUAUAAAACAUAGAAAACACAUGACUUUACUGUACAAUUUGUACAAUGCAUUUGUAAGUACUGUAAUGUCAAUAGCAUGCAAAUACUCAACAAUUUACUGUGUUCUCUCUAAAUUAAAGAUUUUGUAGAUUGUACAUUUAGGUAACAGCAUACCUUGUUUUAGGGGUUUGUGUAUUAGCCAAGAUAACUUUUGGCUAACAACAGGUUUUCUUGUAUUUUUGUGGCAUGUGGUUUCAGACAUUGAGGGGUUAUGUCUAUGUGCUUCAUUGCAAACUUCAUCGAAAUUAACCACGCUGUGUGUUUAAGUGUGUUGGAACUGGUUUCAAGCAGCUAUUUUACAGGUACGUGGCAAUUAAGUAUCAUUCUGAAUAGCUACCCUGAAGUAAUGUGUUACAAAAGACCAUGUUGUGAGUUGUCCAGUGAAAGGUUGGACAAAUACUUUUUUAAGUUGAAAUCCUCACGUACCGCUCACAUGUCUCGGAAACAGGCAUUUUACAGAUACUAGUAUUAGUGAAAGUGCAGCACAGUGGAGCAGUAGUUAACACUCAUGUGUCACACUGAGAAGUUCCUUGGUUCGAUUCCCGGGCUCGGGUUCUUUCUGUUUGAGGUUUACAUGUUCUCCCUGUGACUGCGUGGGUUCCCUCCGGCUUCCACCUUCAAAGACAUGCACCUGGGGAUAGGCUGAGUGGCAACACUAAAAUUGUCCCUCAAUUGUUUUACGGUAAAUUCCUGGCAAACAUAGCUGCCAGUCUGCGAUGAGGUGGCGACUUGUCCAGGGUGUACCCCGCCUUCCGCCCGAUUGUAGCUGAGAUAGGCGCCAGCGCCCCCCGCGACCCCAAAAGGGAAUAAGCGGUAGAAAAUGGAUGGACAUAGCUGCCAGUAUUUCACCAGGAAUUCUGAAGGUUGACAAUAUAUCAGUUUUUUUCAUACUAAUUUAUUGCAAGAAAAAUUUUUUAUUGACUGUAAAAUUAACGGAUUUAACAUCAACAUACCGUAAUGUCCUGUACGUUGUGACUGUAUUUUUACGAUGAAUUUGUGGCAACCACAGCUUCAUAUCCAAUUCUGCAGAAUUUUUUUACAGUGUGCGGUAUCUUCUUGCUGCUUCUCCAUAUUUUCAUGGAUAAAUGUCAGCCGUUUAGAUAUUAUUUUAACAUGCUCUGCUUCAGUUUAUUGCGUACUAGCAGUGCUACGCUCGAAUUGCUUCGCUAAGUUGGCUACAUUCUUGGUUGUAUUUUUGAUGAGUUGUUUCUUUAGUAUUACUUAUUUAUUAUUUUUUAUGAUUGAUAUGAAAAUGUCAACCUAAUGCUUGGGAAUAAACACCAUGAGUUGGUCGGAUCUUACAGUGCUCACUGUAACUUUUGCGAUUCUAACUAAUGGCGGGGGAUGCUUGUAACUCAAAUUUUUGCUUACAACUUAAAUUAUAACCAGACAGCUCUUAUCUCAAAACACUUUUAAGUUGGAGUACUCUUAAAUUGAGGUAUCACUGUAUAAGGGUGGGAUUUGACAAAUCCCCGCUUAGUGUUUGAGACCCCGAACAACUGCAUAGAGUGUUUAUGCCAGGAGCCAACCCUGGCCUUUAAGUGUUUAGGUUCAAUGGCGCCCUCAGCAAGACCCGGCCCCCUUCGCAUGCAGAGGGUGCCCUUCUGACAGAGAUAUCUCGACAUAAAGAGAAAAACACAAUCAUUUUUACAUAUGAGGCCCCUUUUCUACCAAAUGCUACCCUGGCCAAUGGCCCGUGUAUCCUUUAGCAUACUUUUUUGAUUUCUUGUCUCAUCACGUCUCGUCACGCCUCCACUGCAGCUGAGCGACGUUCUGCACUGAGCAUGCUCGCUGCAGAUGCAGCCUGUAAACGGGGCAGGAGUGCAGAGGGGGAGGAGAAAGGGGAGGGGAGACGGGCUGCACAAUGUUGGGAUGUUGCUGCAGCUUUGGAGAAAAGGAGUUGCAUGCAUGGGGAAGACGUGACAACAUGGAUGGCGCCUGGAAGGGGAACUGCAAAUGAUAUUGGGUUUUAAUCACAAAGGAAGAGAGGGACAUCUAUGCUCAGGAGGUGUUGCACUGCGUGGACAUGUACGCCUUCUAUUCCCUUUUAGUCUACAUCUUCUACACUGUCUUCAAAAAGGAGGAGGAGGAGGAAGCCUUGGAGGCAUUAUGUGGAGCCUCCGCAGACGAGCCAAGACCUGUUUCCAUGGGAACAGGGAGCAGAAGGAAAGAUGGUCACGCCCCCAAAAUGAGAAAGAAGGCCUAUGCUUUGCUUAGUGACUCUAGCAGUAGCAGUGACAGCGAUGAGGUUUCCCCAAGUGAUGAAGAGGAGGAUGCCGCUGAUAUCCAAGCAUGCACUCCUCUGGCAGCAUUCCUCUCUUUUAAGCAGGAGUCCGACAAGAAAAGAGCCUCACAGAGCCAGCUGGAGACAACAGGAAAGUUAGGAGAGUCCCCCCUGAUGGCUGUCAUGUCCCACUUGCUGAGCUUCCUGGAGCAGUACUCGCACUUCCAGCAGCUGCAGCAGCAGGCCGAGCAGUACCGCGUGCAGCUGAAGAGGCACCGUGUGCAGUACCGACGCCAGAUGAAGGCGCUGCGGGCCUCCUACCGCCAACGCCUCAAGGACAAGAAGAGCAUCAUUUGUAACCUGGAGGAAGCCGUCAGCCAGCAGAUGAGCCCGCAUAAUGAUGGCGAGUGUGUCAGUGAUGCAGGCCCUCGGGCUGGGGUUCACAGCCUGGUGGAGUCGCUGCACGGCCUGCAGGGGGAACGCAGCAAGCUGAGAGGAGAACUGCGUCUGCUGCAAUCUCAGCUGGAGCAGAAAGACAAAGAUAAACAUUCGCGUAUAUUGGCCUUUCAGCAGCAGAUUGAGGAGCUCAAGAGUGGCAUUGAAGAACGCGAGGAAGAGCUGUCAAGAAUACGAACAGCAACUGGUGCCACAGACUCCGAAAAACGCGUGUUGUGUCUUUCGGCGGAGAAUGUAAGUCUCAAGAAUAGCCUGAGUGUCACUCAAGGCCUCCUGCAGCAACUGACCACCGUCCCCUCACAGUCCAGCAACAUGCUCUUUAAGGAGAACGAGAACUUGCGGAGCAGGGUGCAGCAGCUGGAGGCUUCCCUACAGCAACGUGCUGAGCGGCUGUUGCAGCUGGAGCAGCAGAGUGAGCGCAGCGAGUGGAGGAGAGGGGAGGAGAUGAGGAGGCGAGAGGAUAAAGUGAGGGAGCUUCAGUUGGAGUUGGACAGAGAGAGGGGCAAGGAACCAGUGGUGAAGUAUGUCACCCAGACCGUUGAGGUGGAAUCCCCCGCCGCCGCCAAGCAGCUGAGCAAAGCUCGACAGAGGAACGAGCUGCUGUCCGAGAAGCUGAGCACUCAGAACGAGCGCUGCAGACAGCUGGAGGAGCAAAUCAGAAAAUCAGAUGAAUACAGCUGCAAUCUGCAACACAAGAUUGCAGCUUAUGAGCGGGAGAUCGGCCAGCUGAGAGAGGAGCUGCUGAAGGAGAUCGGCCAUUUGGAGGAGAAGAAGGAGGAGGCGGUGAAGGCCGCUGCAAACUGCUCGGCAGAACACUUCCAGGACCUGCAGCAUCAGUUCUUCACGUUACAGAAGCGUCUGACGGCCCUGCCCCCGACUCUACACGGCAUGAAAACAGACUACGCCAGCCUGAGGAGCCAAGUCAGGAACUUCUCCGAGUUUUAUGGCGCGGCGAUAAAGGAGGCCAAGAAGCAGGUUUCAGCAGCGAUCUCCGAGAUGUCCGAGGCCAACAAAGACCUUUUGGAGAAGUACAGGAAGGAGGUGGCUCUGCGCAGGAAGUUGCACGAGCAGCUGGUGGAGCUAAAAGGCAACAUCCGUGUGCUGUGUCGCGUCAAGCCUGUGCUGAAGGAGGACCAGCGUGAGGAAGGCCAAUCGGUUGUGGUGACCACGGACGGCAAUAACGAGUCCUCUCUGAACGUGCUGAGCAAAGGGAAAGGUCGCGCCUUCGAGCUGGACAAGGUCUUUCAUCCUCAGGCCACGCAGGAAGAGGUCUUUCAGGAGAUUGAGCCUCUUGUGACCUCCUGUAUCCAUGGUUACCAUGUUUGCAUUUUUGCUUAUGGCCAGACAGGCUCUGGAAAGACAUACACCAUGGAGGGCAGUGUGGAGAACCCUGGCAUCAACCAGCGGGCCCUCAAACAUCUUUUCAGUGAGAUCGAGGAGCGGAAGGACAUGUGGUUAUACUCGGUCGCCGUCAGCUCUGUGGAGAUCUACAACGAGGUGCUAAGGGAUCUUCUGAGUAAAGACGGAGAGAAGCUGGACAUCAAAAUCAACCCGGACGGAACAGGACAGCUGCACGUGCCGGGCCUCAGGGUCAUCGAGGUCAAGAGCUUCCAGCAUAUGAAGAAGAUAUUAGCCACAGCCCGCAGGAACAGGAUCACGUUUGGCACUCAGAUGAACCAGCACAGCUCUCGCUCUCACGCUCUGCUCUGCGUCACCGUUCACGGCACAGACCUCGCCACCGGCUCCAAAACCACAGGCAAGUUGAACCUGGUUGACCUCGCGGGAUCAGAGAGGGUGUGGAAGUCUGGUGCAGAGGGCGAAAGACUGAAGGAGGCCCAGAAUAUAAACCGCUCCCUGUUGGCCCUCGGGGAUGUCAUCCAAGCCCUGAGAGCACGACAGACUCACAUCCCGUUCAGGAACUCUCGUCUUACGUACUUGUUGCAGGACUCUCUGGGGAAAGGCAGCAAGACCGCCAUGGUCGUGCAGGUGUCUUCCCUGGAGACUAACGUAGGAGAGACAUUGUGCUCGCUGAAGUUUGCCCAGAGAGUGUGCAAGGUGGAGCUGGGCCCCGCAGCCAGGAAGAUCGAAUCUGGCGGCGGGCAGUGCGACUGAACCGACAACUUCCUGAUGCUGUGAGCGCACACGCACCAGUCACACUCAUCCUAACAUUACAACAUCAACUAUCCUGCACAAGGGCUAAAACUGUCUAUGUCAGCCAGACGUGAUCUGGCAUCAGACAGGUGAGCACCUUUUGACCACCGUUGAGCGCAAGCAGGAAUAAUUCUACCAACCAAAGCAAAGUCUGCCUCCACCACUUUGUGUGAUUCUGUGCUUCCAUGAGCCGAUAUUCUCUUUCCUUUACAUAUCUUCCGGAUCUCCUCACCAACAUUUAACGCAUUUCUGACUACUUUUGUCCUUCUAAGUGGUAUUUAAACAUGUUAUGUAGCGUUUUAUGACACAAGUGUCACAUAUUUAUGUAGUGGCUUAACUCCUUGUUUUGCUUUAGAGCCUUAUUUGUUUGCCUUUUUACCAGGGUUAAGUAGGAGGCCUUGUGUAGUCGUGAAUAGUGCAAUAUGCUGGGGAGGUUUGUGGGCCUAUGUGGACAGAAAAUGCACUUUAUAGUCAAAAAGGAUGUUUUUAUGUCAGACCAGGUAUUGAGGUGCUUGCAUAGAUAUCACUAGUGAAGGUCAUACCAAAAACAGUUCAAGUGUACCAACCCAAGAAUCAAAAGUUACAGUUGAACACUUACAGGUAAAUUGCACUUUUUUGGGAAUUCUGCUUAUGAUUCAUAAUUCCUAGGUAAGAGAACACGUUUUUUGUAAUGCAUUCUAAUUCGUAAUAUACGGCAAGUUCAAUGUACUUAUAGGAGUAAUCUAUGGUGCCCAUAAAGCUCUCUAAAAAAACACCCAAAAACCGUAACAAUACUCCAUUUACAUGUCCUGACCUGAAUGUUACCCAAGUAUUAGCGAUAGUUAUUAAAAGCGCUAAUGCAGACAAACUAUUUUUAGCAGCGCCUUGGUGACAGAGAGCUACCUAACUUAUGCAGCUAUUGACAAACUGAGCUGUUGCAUAAUUGUAGAUGAUAAAUCAUGCCUCUCACCUGGGCAAUAGAAGGUUGUUGCCAUAAACCGAGAAGCUGGCCAAUUUUGACAUUCAACUUAGACCCAGAGAUGGUGAAAAGGACAUGAAAAAACGAUUGUUUUCCGCACCUGGGUGAGGAUUAUGAUUAAUGGUUCAUCUAAACAGGAAGCUAUAAACAUCCCAUCAGUUGGCAUCCCAGUGAGAGCAGACAUUGCACAGUAAGUGUUUGUACCUCUUGAUCGGCACUUGCUGUAUACGGCUGCACAAUAAUGCUGCAUGAUGCUUAGUGUUUCACUAGAAUCUAGAUCUGUUUAUCACUCAGCUACUAAAACUGGUUGCUCAUCUUCUGUAUAUUCAGGCUCAAAAAGUAGGUUCUGUAUCACCCUUUGUCCCAAAGUAAUUGUCCCUCAUGAAGUCUGCCAUAAUUAAUAGAAGUAGUUGUUGGUAAAGAAAAUAAUGAACGUUGUGAUGAGUCUGUCGUAUGCUUGAAAUGAGAAAAAUAUGUAACUAUUACAUGUUAUUAUGAAUGUGCCUUUUAUUAAAUUACAUAUAUACUUACA